UAUGCCGUAUUUCCUGAAUUGUGCAAUCAAUUGUAUGUGGGUUACUGAAAAUGUCCUGGCCUUAAUGAUUCAUCACUUCUCGCUAAUUCAAUACUUCUCUUGACUCCUUUGUCUUACUUUCCGUAUUGAAUUUGACAAAUCUUCUCCAUCUUUCAACCGCAACUAAUCCUUUUGCAGAUCAUACCAGAAAUCCGAUGAAAAAAAAACCAGAUUUGACUCACUUUCAAUUAUUUUUGUGAUCGUUUUUUGAUUUACCACAAAAAAUUCCAAUGGAAACCACAAGGCUAUGAAAAAAAAUCCAACGUACUCCAAAAUGAAACAAAAAACGCGUUCUAUUCUGUUCUAAUAACAUAAAUAAAAGCCAGUCUUUUCAGUUUAGUCAAGUGCUGUUGACGGAGCUCUCUUCUCUACACGAUAACACUGCUGAAAUUUUUUCAACCUGUGUAGAGGGUCAAAUUUGUUGGCGUCUUUCAUAUUGACACUUGUGAUCUCACUCAAAAACGUGCUAACACGACGCUAUUCUCAGCACCGAAAGCGAUUAACUGAGCAUUAACAAAACUGUCUAUAUUCUAUUCACGAUCAGUGCCAGGUGUUCACAGCAAGAAACCAAGAUGUUGUUGUUAUAGAUACCCACCUUGUCACGCGAAUCGUGACCAAGGAGUAGUAUUGACCGGAAGGGAGACAAAAGACGUAAAAGAUAACUAUCUCAUUCUGUAAUAACCAGCGCGUGAACAAGUGAGAGGGCUAUUUAUUCAAGAACAUUCAAGUUGCGUAAGGACAUCACGAAAAUACUAACAUAACAACUCCGCUACACAUACAAUGGAGAAGUGUUCCUAUCAUCCGGCCGCAGCUUAUGAGCGACCACCGCUCAAAAGUCCGAUGGUGAAGAGAAGAAAGAACGGAACAACUUCUAGUGUUAAAAAUGUUCAAAUUGCAGUUCUGGGAAAGGACGGUGUAGGAAAAUCAGCAUUUACAGUUAGAGCUCUCACCAGACGUUUCAUUGGGGAAUACGACAAAACAUUAGAAUCUACAUAUCGUCAUCAUGUAGAGCUCGACGGUCAGUUUCUGUCUCUAGACGUCUUGGACACAGCAGGAAAGAACUCUUUAGAAAAGAUCGAUAAGUGCGUCCACACAGGAUCAGACUUAUUUUUCGUCCUCUACUCCACAAUCGACCGAUCCUCGUUCGAGGAAGCCUCCUUGCUCUGUCAGUACCUCCUGAAAACAAAAAACGUGAAUCCGGCUUGCUUAAUUCUUGUCGGCAACAAAAGCGACCUGAAGCAUUUCCGAGAAGUAGAUGAAUAUGAAGGACGUCUAUUGGCUCAAGCCCUGGAGUGUGGUUUCUACCAGCUGUCGGUAUCGGAAGGAUUCGAUGACUCUCAAAAUGUUCUUUACAGUACCCUCAGGCAGUACGUGAAUACACAGAAACACGGAUCGCCUUCCAUCAGAUUGUUUAUUGACAAUGUAUUGAGUCGGAAAAAGUCAGUAACUUAGUCUGUGUUUAUUCGCACGCGAAUGUAUUGUAUCAGUAUCUUUUUUAGGUAGGGGAAGGCAACCUGGUGUUUUCAUCGGGGUGGGAGGGAGAGUCAGAAAAUUACCAGGAUCAUAAGGAAGGCUGUUAGAAAAGUGACGAGUUACAAGAAUAAGAGUUUAGGGUUCUACUUCCAACUAACGGAAUACCGCAUCACACAAGAAUUCUUUAUUUAUGUGUCUACCCCAAAUACUUUAGCUGAAAACAGCGUUCGCUCACGGAAAGCAAGAACACAUUAAACCCCAAAGGCGAAUUGGUGAAAAUAAUUCAAAUCAUUAAAUAAUGAAUUUCGUGACUGAUAACCAAAGUUCUAGCCGCUCACGGUGCCAUGGCAGCAUGAUUCCAUAAAAUCAAUAUGCUCAUUUACCUCCAUGCGAAGCCCAGAAGCCUCAUCUUGUUCCAUUAUGAUUCCUUGGCCGAAAAACGUUCCUCCCUUGAACAAAAAGAGCUUUUAGAGAUAGAAGAGUACAUAACCCUCGAACCUAGCUAAGUUUCUGUACCUGUACAUAUUUACAGUAGCAUAAAUAAUUAAUUGUAUUUAUUAAUUCUGAAAAGAUAGUGUAAAUUCUAGGCUAGGAAAUAUUUUGUAUAAUAGUGAUAGUAGGCUCAAAAAGCACAACAGAGAAUGCAAAAUAAAUGACACUUCCCCACAA